UUGUCAAACCGAUGCCGAUCGAAUUUGUUGCUCGCGUUUUCUGUAAAAAGGAGACACGCCAUCGUUUACGUUGCUUUGGAUAAAGAAUCGAUUUCGUGAUUAGCGGUAAAGGCCAAUAUCUUCAAAAAUGGGUGUUCUCGAAUCUCUGGGCGUGGAUGGAUUGUUGAGUGAUGUGCAAAGAAUGGAUAAAAGACAGUUUUUCUUCCAAGUACUUAGCUUCGGAAUGAUCGUUUCCUCCGCUUUGAUGAUCUGGAAGGGUCUGAUGGUGGUGACGGGUAGUGAGUCGCCCAUAGUAGUCGUACUUAGUGGCAGCAUGGAACCAGCUUUUCAUCGCGGAGAUUUGCUAUUUCUUACUAACCAGGAGGAACCAGUUCGUGUCGGGGAGAUAGUCGUAUUUAAAAUAGAGGGCCGUGACAUUCCUAUCGUGCACAGGGUGAUUAAGCUGCAUGAAAAAAACAAUGGAACAGUUAAAUUUUUAACCAAAGGAGAUAACAAUUCUGUAGAUGACCGGGGUUUGUACGCUCCCGGUCAGCUGUGGUUAACCAAGAAAGACAUUGUUGGUCGCGCUAGGGGCUUCCUACCAUAUGUUGGCAUGAUUACGAUUUAUAUGAAUGAGUAUCCUAAUUUAAAAUACGGUAUUCUUGGUUUGCUAGCGCUUUACGUAUUGCUUCAUAGGGAAUAGGAAGAGUUGCGGCAACAUUCGAAGUGUUUCUAGAGAAGUAAGUUUUUGAGUAAGUGACAAGAAAGUCUUCUUUCUUCGUUGGGAUUGAAAUUUGAGUUUUGGAUUCAGAAAGAACUCAAACAAACGUAACAACGUCUAACCUGAAAAAAAAUGACAGGUUGCAAGAUAUGGUUCAAUAAAUGAAAUUCAUGUUCUACUAUGUCA